AUGCAUUAUGGUAACUUUUGGGAUUUUGCUGAAGCAGUGCUUGAUACCAGCCGAACUGUGAAAGAACGUCAGAAAAGAGCAUUUUUGGUCUAUCAACCAGGUUUAAAUUGGGUGCAAAUGGUGAUGGGUAUUGGUCUACCUAUUGAAGUCCAAGAUAACAGUAUCACAAUGGGAGCGGUGGUAAAGUCCUAUUAUGAACUCCCAAACAAUGUCACGCAGUAUACCAACCCUACUAUUGAUAUAGAGCGCAAAAAGCGGAGGCGCCGGGCAACACCGUCCAGAUGGGAUAUUUACAACACUUUACAGGAUUUUAUCAAAAGUUUUGGGUUUUCCGAUGGAAAGUCAUGUUUGUUGAAUUCUGUUUGUGAGUCCUCGAAACACAACUUCGAUCCAAACGCCGGGGUGCUUGCCGAACUGCUCCACCUGCUUUUGACACCUUCAACUACCUCGGAAGAUGUGGAAAACGCAUUGGAUAGAGACUUUUACGUUGCGGAAAUGACCGGAAAAAGGACCACGAAUAUAGAUUGUCAACGGCUGUAUCCAUGCGAAAGUAAUCUCGUGCAGAAAUUUACUCGCUUAUUUUCAUAA